AUGGGCUCAGCAGAGACUCAAGCGGCCACCUCGCCAGAUUUCCGAUACAUUCCCCUAUCAUACAGCCAUGCGGACUCCCAAGCGUCUGCUCUUAGGCUAAUCCUGACACUCAACCCCGACUGGGAGGGUCCUGGCAACAACAUUGAGUUCGUGCGAUUCACCGACGGCAUCACCAACACUCUCCUGAAAAUUAUCAACUUGAGACCCGGCCUUACGCAAGAACAAAUAGACAAUGAGGCAGUACUGAUGAGAGCGUACGGAAAUGGCACAGAGAUUCUCAUAGACCGCGAAAGAGAAACCAAGUCUCACGCGCUUCUGGCCAGCCGCGGUCUGGCUCCGCCUCUUCUCGCUCGAUUCAAAAACGGCCUGCUCUACCGCUUCAUCCGCGGCAGACCCUGCGGCCACCAGGAUUUAGUCUCCCCGCCUAUUUGGCGCGGUGUCGCCCGCCGCCUGGCGCAGUGGCACGCCAUCCUACCUAGUAGCGGAGCCGAACCCAAGGACGCCCCUGUGGCCGAGAUCACGGACGCCCAUGAUGAUAUUACCGUAAUCAAGCCUCGACGCGGGGGCCCAUCUAUGUGGGCUGUGCUGCAGAGGUGGGUGCUUGCCUUGCCGGUCACCACUCCCGAGCAGCGUGCUCGCCGGUUGGAUCUGCAAGCCGAGCUGCAAUGGGUUUUGGAGAUACUGGACGAUGGGAAGGGCAUCGGAGAAGACGGGUAUGUCUUCUCACACUGCGAUCUCCUCUGUGCCAACGUCAUUGUCCUUCCAAGUGAAAACGGCGUCCCAGCCCCCGAAGACGGUAUCGCGCCUGUCAACUUCAUCGAUUAUGAGUAUGCUGUCCCCGCGCCCGCGGCCUUUGAUAUCUCAAACCACCUUGCUGAGUGGGGUGGCUACGAUUGCGAUUACAAUAUGAUGCCCACAAAGUCAGUUCGCCGUCAGUUCCUCACUGAGUACACAAAGAGCUACUGUGAACAGCGCGGUCUCGACGCGUCGUCCCAGGCUGAGAUUGUCGACCGGCUGUACGAAGACGUUGACCGUUUCCGCGGCAUUCCCGGUCUCUACUGGGGCGUUUGGGCACUCAUCCAAGCGCAGAUCUCCCAAAUCGAUUUCGACUACGCCAGCUACGCUGAGACCCGUCUUGGCGAGUACUACGCGUGGAAGCGCGAGGUAGACGGAAGCCGCAAGCAAGCUGGCGAGAAAAUUCCGCUGCGCGAGUCCCGGUGGGCGUCGGAGGCGUAA